AUGCUAAACACUGACCAACUGUUGGCCAGGGCCAUAUCGGAGAGACCAAGACACAGCACAGAGCCCUUGGUUCCAGUGACAGCCACAGGGCUGUUCAAACUUCUAUCAAGCAUCUCUCCGGAGGAGCAGGGGAACCUUGGGAGUGGUGAUAGCCUCCAGAGUCAGAGCUGCCAGCUGCAGAGGUCUCAGAGUGCAGGACAGACAGCAAAGAAGGAACGCAAGCCCCGGAGGCGGACCAAGAAAGGACAAGGUUCAGCUGAGGCAGAGGAGAGGAGGAUCCUCACUCUGACUCCUGCCCUCUCCUUCAGUCUCUUCACUGCACCUUCUCGGAAGCCUUCCUUCCCUUUCCAGUGGGCCUGGGAAAGCUUCAUCAUAGAUGGCCAGGCUCUGCUUCAACCAAGUUCCUCUGUGGCCCCUGGCCACCGAUCCCUGCUUUUGCCCCCAGCAGCCCCCCAGCUCAAGUCCAAGCGCAAGUCAGUAGCCAGCCUCUCAGAAGAUGUUGGCUUCAGCCAGAAGACAGAAGUGCAAACCCUGGAGAGGAGACAUCAGCCAGGAGGCUGGACCAGCAUCGCCCUCCCUGUGGGCAAAGCAGAAAGCCAAGGGCUGGAGCGAUGCAGCCAGGGUGGCUUCUGCUCACCAGGAAAAGCAUCAGGGUCAGAGUCUGAGGAUGUCUCAGAGGUAGAAAGCCAGGAGGCUGAGGAGGCAGAGAGGGUUCAGAGCCCUGGGGAACGGCCCCAGAUCCCAGGGAGGGGCUUGAUCUGGGAGGAGGAGUGGAUCUCAGAGGUGACAGAGGAGGAGGAACACAGUGCCCCCCAAAGGAGGAAGGGCAGCUCUCAUAAUAAGGGAAGGAAUUCUGGAGAAAAGGCGUCAGAAGAAGGGGAGCAACAGGGCCACAUCCAGAGAAGCAGCUCCAGCUUCAGCAGCCUCCUAAAGCCGCAGAGGGGGAAGUCAAGAGCCAAGGAGCUCAAGGGGCCCUGGGACCUGGAGCGGCUACACAAGCAGUUACAAGAGGAAUUGGAUUGUGGUCCCCAAAAGCAGACCUGGAAUGCUUUGCGGGCAGCUGUCCAGGCCUCUGCCAGAAAUAGGAAGACCCCUACCUUGGGAGAUGACGAAAGUUUCUUGUCUGCCAACUUCCCUAAUCGCACCUUCCAUAAACGACAGGAGGCCACCAGAAACCUGCUGCAGGCUUGGGAACGGCAGCAGCUGGAGGAGCGGCAGCAGGCUGAGAUGCGCAGGGCUCGGGAACAUCAGGUGCAGCAGCAGGUGGCCCGAUGCCUGGCAGCCUACACACCCCGAGGGAGCAGAGGGGCCUUGGCUGCUCAGCGCAAACUAGAGGAGCUGAGGCGCAAGGAGCGACAGCGUUUUGCUGAGUAUCAGACAGAGCUGCAGGGCAUCCAGCACAGGGUGCAGGCCCGGCCCUUCCUGUUCCAGCAGGCCAUGCAGACCAAUGCCAGGCUCACAGCAAAUCGUCGAUUCUCCCAGGUGCUGUCAGCAUUGGGAGUAGAUGAAGAACAGCUGCUGGCUGAGGCAGGCAGUGCAGAGGGCACCUCUCGGAAGCACAGGAGCCACCGGUCAUUUGGAGUAGAAAUGGAGCCCUCUUCUUAGAGCCCCCCAAAGAUAGAAC